AUGGAUAAUGGAGAUAAGUAUGAGCUACCGAAGCAAAUUAUUCAAUCACAACGGUCUCAUGCUCUUGUUGAUUACAAGAAGUAUUGUGAUGAAACUGGAUUCGAAAGUCUAGGAAAGAGCAAAUUGUACGAUAUAAUCGAUAACAUUAAACCAGCACAACAACGAACGGUGGCUGGACUUGAUGAGUUCGUUGUCGAAGGCAUUGAAGCGUGGCGGUCUCUCUCGAAUAUUGUCGACACAAUGCCGAUUCCUCAAGCUGAUCGAAAACGUUUGUUUAAACAGGUCGAUGUGGCAGAGCAAUAUCAAAAGAUCAGGCACAGUGGUCACUGUUCCGACGAUGCGGAUUGUAUCACUCAUUGCACUACAUUUGGUCUUUCUGAUCCUAAAUGUACUUAA